UCUCCCGUCUCCAGCGAACUGUAUAGAAGUCCCCUCCUCCUCACUCGGCGAAUUUCCCAAUUUUAAAAGGACCGAUUUUUAUCUCCCUCCGGCGCCGGGGAGCCUCGCCGGACAUCGGUUCCGUCGCCGGAAAAGGUACCGCCGGUGGCAAGAUGUCUUGUGCCGUUUGAGUUUCUAGGGUUUGAUCUCCCAUUACGCAACCCACGGGGGCGGGGGGUUUCCCUUCCCGGUGCAUGCGCGCGACGCCAACCGUUCGCUCGACGGAAGGUUCGAUCGUUGGAGCUUUUGGUAUUCUCGAUCGGCAUUUCUUGCUCCCGGUCGUGUGUUUUGCGCGCGGAGUUUGAUCGGGGGUUGGGUUGGUUUCUGCACAUUGCGCAUGCUGGAUUCGCGGCUUCGGCGCUGUUUGGUUUUGUUGGAAUCGAGGUUGCUGCGACAGGGGAAGGACUUGGUCGGGCGCUGGGAGCUCUUUUACUUGAUCGUUUUCUGGUUCACCGCGCGAGGUGGUGCUUCGCGAGCUGUGGAAUUUGUCCUCCGUGCGGUGAAAAAUGUCUUUCCAACCUAAGGACUUUUGGAUGCCGAGAGAUGGAGGAGCUGUCACUAAUGGGGAUAUCAACUAUGACAAUUCUUCCAAACUAGAACCUAAACGUAGUCAUCAAUGGUUUAUGGAUGCAUCCGGGUCAGAACCGUUCAGCAACAAAAGACAAGCAAUAGAAGCUGUGACAAGCAGGCCACUAUCUGGAAUUUCAUCCCUGACUGUUUCUCCUUGGGACAAUAAUCCUACUUUUAACGCUAUAUCGGGGCAAGCCACUGAUCGGCUCUUUGGUUCUGAGCCCAUGCGGUCUGUUAACUUAGUUGAUAGGAAUAUGACUCCCUUCAAUGCUGGUGAUAUAAGUAUGGUAAGAAAAAGCUUCGAAGGUCAAUAUGGAAAUGAGUCAUCUGUAAGUUUGUCUAUGUCUCAUGGCACUGAAGAUCCCUCAGCAUUUCUGAAUUUUGGAGGAAUCAGAAAAGUCAAAGUUAAUCAAGUCCGGGAACCUGACAACAGCAUUUCUGCGACGAUGGGUACUUCCUACAGAAGUGGCAAUGGCAGUGCAAUUCCUACUGAUACUGGUUAUCGCAAGGGCCACAAUAGCACCAUAUCUUUAGGCUCGGGUUAUCACCAUAGGAACGAGAAUAAUAUGUCAAUGGUGCCUGGCUACAACAAAGGGGAAGAAAGUUUCAUGCCGAUGAGUCACACCUUCACUAAGGAAGAUGGAAACUUCAUAUCAAUGGGUCACAAUUAUGAGAGACGGGGUGAGAAUAUUUUAUCCAUGGGUCAGCCCUUUGCCAGAACAGAUGGGAAUUUCAUUGCAAUGGGUCCAUCAUAUACGAAGGGAGAAGGGGAUGGUCUAUCCAUGGGUUCCUCCCACAGCAAAGAGCAUGCAAAUUUUAUUUCCGUGGGCCAGAAUUUUGGCAAAGUAAGCGAUAGUUUUAUCUCGAUGGCUUCCUCCUAUAACAGGACUGAUGACGAUAUGACACCAAUUGGUCAAACCUUUGACAAGGCUGAUCCAAAUGUUGUUGCGGUGGGUCACACUUCAACCUAUGACAAAGGAGAUUCUGGCAUUCUAUCCAUGGGCCAGAACUACAAGGGUGAGGGUAAUACCAUUUCUUUUGGAGGAUUUGAAGAUGAACAUGGGACACAUACCUCUGUUGGAAUCAUUGGCAACUACGAAUUAGUAAUAGACAAUGAGACUUUACCUCAGGCUUCAGUAGAUCCAAGCCAGACGGAUGUCGGUUCUGGUGCCAAUCCAAUUGUAAAUAGCUCUUCUGCAUCGAAAGCGAAUUCUAAAGCUGAGAACAUCCCCAAAAAUAAAGAGCCAAAGACGGCUAAGAAGGUGCCUCCGAACAAUUUCCCGUCAAAUGUCAAAAGUCUGUUAUCUACUGGCAUGCUUGAUGGAGUAUCUGUCAAAUACGUUUCCUGGUCACGUGAAAAAAAUCUCCGCGGGAUAAUAAAAGGGACUGGCUAUCUUUGUGGAUGCGAAAAUUGCAACCACUCAAAGUCUCUCAAUGCCUAUGAGUUUGAGCGUCAUGCUGGUUGCAAGACUAAGCAUCCCAAUAAUCACAUUUACUUCGACAAUGGUAAGACCAUUUACGCAGUCGUUCAGGAGUUAAAGAACACUCCGCAGGAAUUGCUCUUCGAUACGAUUCAGACUGUCACGGGGUCUACCAUUAAUCAAAAGAACUUUCGUAUGUGGAAAGCAUCAUAUCAAGCUGCCACCCGUGAACUUCAACGAAUAUAUGGAAAGGACGAAGUUGCGAUGCCUUCUUGAAAAAUGGCACAUGCACUUUCAGGUUCACACGGUAGGUUGGUCUCAUGAUCAGUGGAUGCUCCUAUAGGACCCUGUAGAUGAAGAUGGGAAUUCUAGAAGUGGCUUAUGAUCUUGCCUGCGCAUAUAAUUUUCUGGGUGUAGAUGGUAAAUUGCACCGGAUUUUGGGAUCUACUCUGUUUGAAUUGAGCAAGAAGUUUAAUUUUCUUUUCAGUAGUAUAAGCAACAGGAUUGCUUCUCCCAUUGUGCUCGGCACAACUCUUACCGUGUCGACUAGGUGUCCCACACAAUUUUCUCUGGGGGUAAGCGGAACUAUCUACGCGGUGGACGUUCUCUUAGAAGUUGCUGUGUUGGGCGAAUCAGACCUGCCCAUUUUAACUUAUGUAAAUAUGUUCAAAAACUUUUGUCUUAUGGAAAAUAGGUGAUGUUCUACUCCUAAACUUUAAGGAUGGACCUUAUAAAGUUUUGCAGCAUGUUAGCUUUCUUGUGGCUGCCUGCUUA